GAUAAAUAACUGCUCUAGUAAUAGGGUUAGGCCCAAAACUAAAAGUAAUUAAAACAAAUUGGAUCUGAAUGAAGUUUAUUUUCAUUAAAAAAAUAAAAACUUCUGAAAAUAUUAAAUUAGAAUUUUCUUCAGAUUUCCAUUUCCCUAUCCAUCAGGAAGCAUAUAUCUUUUGGCAUUCAUGCAAGCUUUUUUCAUGUCUUAGGAAUUGCAGAGAGCAACCUUACUUGAAACAACCUGGUGUUUUUGUUGGAAAUGUACAUCAGUGUAAGUUAAAGUUGAUUUUUAAGAUCUACUCCUUAGUAAUAAUACUAAGUACUUAGCAUCUGCACCUUACCUGGACACAGUCCUCAAAAACUCCUCAGAAAGGAGGACAUUACUCAGGAAUAAUGUCCAUUCAGGAGAAAUCAAAAGAAAAUUCCUCCAAAGUUACUAAAGAAAGUGAAGAUGAGAAUUUAGAACUAGCAAUUCAAGGUUCUCAAAACAGUCUAGCAGAGAAAUCAGGCCCCAAGGAAGCUGUAAAGGCACCGGUUAGAUCUUCCAAUAAAAGUAAAGUAAAUCAGUCUGAAUUGGGAACACGAAUGAGUACAAGGUCAGCAUCAGCAGCUGAUAAAAAUGCUACUAAAUCCAUUAAUAAAAAUAAUGUAACUCUGAAGGGACAGUCACAAGACUCUACAAAGAAGAAGAAAUUAUGUCAGGAAAAAUUAGCACUGGGAACCUUCAAAGGAAAUGAACAAUUUAACCGAAGAUCUCAAAGACUGCAACAAUUAACGGAGUGUUCAACCAGGUCUUUGCGUAGUAGAGAGAUUCAGGGUCAAAUUCAAGCAGUUAAACAGAAUUUGCAGCCAACAAGAAGAGAACAGUGUAACAGUACUCAAAGUAAAUCUAAUCAAGUUAAAGUAAACCCAAAGCAUGUGAAAAGAAAAGUGCUUGAAAUAAAGUCUGAUGGUAAGGAGGACAGAAGUUCAGUUAUGAAUGAAGUAACAAAUUCUCCCAAAGGAAAGAAGCGCAAAGUGCAGCAUCAGACAGCUUAUACUUGUGGUUCUCAGUGCGUCCACGGAUCUGAAAAAUGUCUCCAGGACACUGUGAGAAAAGAAGAAACAAAACCUGUGCCUGUGUCUUCUGAGAUUAGAAAAUUAAAAGCAGCUACUUCAGUGGUUUCUAAAAAGAAUGAACUGAGGAAAUUAGCUCAUACACAAGUGAAUGCUAGCACAAAAUCCCCCCAAAUUCCUCUGCCAUUAGUGCCUGAACAAAGUAUUGAUCAUGAAUUGGAGCAAGCUGGAAAGAGCAAACGAGGUAGCAUUCUCCAACUUUGUGAAGAAAUUGCCGGUGAAAUUGAAUCAGAUACUGUAGAAGUGAAAAAGGAAUCGUCACACAUGGAAAGUGUAAAGGAGGAGAAGCCUACAGAAGUAAAAUUGGAAGGGACUGAUGUUGAAAGACAAGCACUCCAUCACAAAGAAACAAGCCAGGAUGUGCAGUGUAAUCGUUUCUUUCCCAGUAGGAAAACAAAGCCUGUGAAAUGCAUACUAAAUGGAAUAAGUAGCUCAACUAAGAAGAACUCCAGCUGGACUAAAAUUAAACUCUCAAAAUUUAACUCUGUGCAACAACAGAAAUUGGACUCUCCAGUAUCUCCUAAGUUGGGCUUAUUACGAACUGGCUUUUCACCACCAGUUUUAGAAAUGCCUCAUCCAGUGUCUCAGAGUACAUUUUUAGAGAUGAAACCACAUGGUAAUGUAACUUGCCAACAGGAUAAAAUGAAAGGAAUUAAAUCUGAAGAUGUUAAAAUUAAUAAUAUUGAAAUUAAUAAAGCCACAAAAGGGGCUCCUGGAAAUUGUCAUUUGGAUAAUCACAUUAAACCCUCUCCUGACUCACCAUUGGAUAAUCAGAUGAAACAUUCUUGUGAGUCAGCGCCAGAUCAGAAUUUCAGCUUAUGUUCGGCAUCUAAAGUAGAGAAUAAUCCAUUAGAAAACACUGCUGCUGUCUCAACUCUUCCCAAUCAAGCAAAGAUUGAAGGAGACAGAAGAUUUCCAGGUCCAGCUCCUAAGCAGCAGCACACUGUACUCAGUCACAAAGCAUCUAUAAACAGCAAGCACAGGGAUAUACCACCAACUCAUUUUCAAAUGAAAUGUAAUUCUCAUUUGGAGAUAACAAUCCCAAAGGCCUUGAAACUGAAAGAAUCAGAGAAAGUGGAUGAAAAACAGCUGAUUAUAGAUGCAGGACACAAAAGAUUUGGAGCAGUGUCCUGUAAUAUAUGUGGAAUGCUCUAUACGGCUUCAAAUCCAGAAGAUGAAACCCAGCACCUGCUUUUCCACAACCAGUUUAUAAGUGCUGUAAAGUAUGUGGGCUGGAAAAAAGAAAGAAUUCUGGCUGAAUAUCCUGAUGGUAGGAUAAUAAUGGUUCUUCCUGAAGACCCAAAGUAUGCCCUGAAAAAGGUUGAUGAAAUUAGAGAGAUGGUUGACAAUGAUCUGGGUUUCCAGCAGGCUCCAUUAAUGUGCUACUCUAGAGCUAAAACACUUCUCUUCAUUUCUAAUGACAAAAAAGUAGUCGGAUGCCUGAUUGCAGAGCAUAUCCAAUGGGGUUAUCGAGUUAUAGAAGAGAAACUUCCAGUUAUCAGGUCAGAAGAAGAAAAAGUCGGAUUUGAAAGGCAAAAGGCCUGGUGCUGCUCAACGUCGCCAGAGCCGGCAAUAUGUGGGAUCAGUCGGAUAUGGGUGUUCAGCAUGAUGCGGCGGAAGAAAAUAGCUUCUCGCAUGAUCGAAUGCCUAAGGAGUAAUUUUAUUUAUGGCUCAUAUUUGAGUAAAGAAGAAAUUGCUUUCUCAGAUCCCACUCCUGAUGGAAAGCUGUUUGCAACACAGUACUGUGGCACUGGUCAGUUUCUGGUCUAUAAUUUUAUUAACGGACAGAAUACCACCUAAUUCAGAUCUUGCCUACUGUACCAGAAGACAUCUUUUGAAGAGAAAGCAUUGGUUGCUGACUUUAACCAGGAACUAGGGCCAUUUUUAUUACAAAUGAACUCAGGACUGGCAACAACCAUAUGGUUGUUCCAUUUUCAUAAAAUUGGAAACAAUGCAGUAAUAGCUUAUUAUUGUUUUGUUUUUUUAAAGAAGAUAUUUUAUUAUCUUUUACAGAAAUUUAUGAUUGUAUUUUAUCUAUAGUUAUUUAGACAUGUUUACAUGCAGCAGAUAAUUGUUCAUAGUGGACUGAAAAUUAAUGCAAGGACUAUGGUCUCAGUGAUAAGUAUAUUUUGAAGUUCUUAAUAUGGAAAUAUACCAGUGUAGCUUGGUACUGUAUUUUUUUUAUAUUCUGCUGAUACCAGUUACAGGUUUAAAGAUUGUAUUUUCAGAGUGGAAAACAAUGUUUUAGAGCUAUUCAAGGAAGAGAACAGUAUUACGUACUUAAAGAAUUUGAUGCUACUAAAGUAUAGGUAAUCUCAUAGGACAAGGGAGCUCCAAGUGAAAGAAUGGUUAAUAGCGAGUAUCUCCAUUGCGUACGUUUCUGUCACUGAUGAUGGCAGUGGGAACCUCUUUCUCAUGUAGAACCAUAAACUACUAGAGUCUCAAAGAACUACAGAAUAGUUAUAAACUAUUGGUAUCUGCAUUGUUAUUCCUCAGAAGUACUACACUGAGUAUAUGCCUUCAUUACUGGACUUCAUCUUGAUACUUGUCUGUCCUUCAUAGUGCCCUCUACUUUUAAAGGGUUUAUAUGUUGAAAAACUGCUGUGGCCUUUUAUGACCUGUAUAUAAUGUAGAAUAAAAUAAUAAAAUACUUGAUAGCUUUUUCUAAGUGAUAAA